AUGUUUCAGUGGAAAACUGUUUUUAGUGACCACAAUUUAACAACCAGAUGGGAGGAGAAGGUGAAGUUUGUCUUGAAGCAGUGGAUAGUAUGUGCCUCUUUUGUCAGUGAUAUUACUGCUACUCACUGUUUAUUAUCUUGGGAUAGUCACUUUAUUACCUGGACUAACCUGUACCCCCGCACAUUGACUCGGUACCGGUACCCCCAGUAUAUAGCCUCCACAUUGACUCGGUACCGGUACCCCCAGUAUAUAGCCUCCACAUUGACUCGGUACCGGUACCCCCAGUAUAUAGCCUCCACAUUGACUCGGUACCGGUACCCCCUGUAUAUAGCCUCCACAUUGACUCGGUACCGGUACCCCCUGUAUAUAGCCUCCACAUUGACUCGGUACCGGUACCCCCUGUAUAUAGCCUCCACAUUGACUCGGUACCGGUACCCCCUGUAUAUAGCCUCCACAUUGACUCGGUACCGGUACCCCCUGUAUAUAGCCUCCACAUUGACUCGGUACCGGUACCCCCUGUAUAUAGCCUCCACAAUUGACUCGGUACAGGUACCCCCUGUAUAUAGCCUCCACAUUGACUCGGUACCGGUACCCCCGGUAUGUAGCCUCCACAUUGACUCGGUACCGGUACCCCCUGUAUAUAGCCUCCACAUUGACUCGGUACCGGUACCCCCUGUAUAUAGCCUCCACAUUGACUCGGUACCGGUACCCCCUGUAUAUAGCCUCCACAUUGACUCGGUACCGGUACCCCCUGUAUAUAGCCUCCACAUUGACUCGGUACCGGUACCCCCAGUAUAUAACCUCCACAUUGACUCGGUACCGGUACCCCCUGUAUAUAGCCUCCACAUUGACUUGGUACCGGUACCCCCAGUAUAUAGCCUCGUUAUUGUUAUUUUAUUGUGUUCGUUUUACUUUUUAUUUAGUAAAUAUUUUCUUAAUUAUUUUUUAAACUGUAUUGUUGGUUAAGGGCUUGUAAGUAAGCAUUUCACGGUAAGGUCCACACCUGUUGUAUUCACAGCAUGUGACAAAAUUUGAUUUGACUCAUGUUGAAGUCUUGCUUGGCUUAAUAGGGAACCAACAGUAUUUCUGAAAUGCUGAUUCAGUGGAAGUGGUGGAUGACUAGUUCUCUAUAUAAUGACACAGUGUUGCAGUGUUUUCUCUUUCAUAAAAGUACCGGGGUACUGAUUGCUACAAUAUAUAUUUGGGGACUUCCUUUUUUAUUCCUCAUAUCUUUUCACGUGAUAUUAAAUCUGUCAUGGGAUAAAUACAUAAGGGCACAUGCGAGAUUUGGUUCUUGGAGUCGAGGUUAAUCUUUUUUUUUUUUUUUUUUUU